AUGAAAUUAAAAGAAAUUGAUCGAACUGUUCAUGUUGCUUGGUCACCAGUUAAAAGUCAAGAACAAAAAACAAAUGGAAAUUAUUUAAUGACUGGUACAGCUGCACAACAACUUGAUGCAAGUUUUAGUACAAAUUCACAAUUAGAAUUAUUUGAAGUUAAUUUAGCUGAUAGAAGUAUGGCAAUGGCACCAAUUGGAUCAGUCAAAACAGAUCAUCGUUUUAAUAAAUUAAUUUGGUCAUCAUCAAAUUUAUUAAUUGGUGCUACAGAAAAAGGUCGUAUUUAUUUAGUUGAUCCAACGGUUCAAACAAUAACUCAACAACUUGAUAAACAUACUGGAAGUGUUUAUUCAAUUGAUAUAAAUAUUCUUCAAUCAAAUUUAUUUGCAAGUGGUGGAUCAAAUUCUGAAUUAAUGAUAUGGGAUUUAAAUGAUCUUAAACAACCUAUGGUUCCUGGUGGUACAUCAUCAACAAGUCAUCAUAUUGAUGAAGAUGUUCAAUGUGUUGCAUGGAAUCGACAAAAAUCUCAUAUACUUGGUUCAACACUUGGUGGAAAAACUCUUAUUUGGGAUUUAAGAUCAAGUAAUGAACCAAUUUUUAAAAUAACUGAUUCAACAUAUCGUAUGCGUGCAAAUCGUCUUGUUUGGCAUCCAGAUAUAACAAGUCAAUUAUGUUUAGCAAGUGAAGAAGAUCAAUCAGCAUCUAUACAAUUAUGGGAUCUUCGUUAUGGAGCUAGUCCUAUGAAAUUACUUAGUGGACAUACAAGGGGAAUUCUGGAUUUACAAUGGUCACCAAAUGAUAGUAAUUUAUUAAUGUCAAGUGGUAAAGAUAAUAAAAUAAUAUGUUGGAAUCCAAAUGACUUAAGUGUUAUGGCUGAAAUUGUUUAUGAAAUCCCAUGUAAUCAUUGGUGUUUUGAUGUUAAAUGGUGUCUUGUUGAUCCAAAUUUAAUAUCAGCUGCAUCAUAUGAUGGUACAUUAAGUAUAUAUACAUUAAUGGGUGGUUCAUGUCAAGUUUCUCGUCCAGUUAAUAAUCAAUUAUUUACUCAAGCAUUUGGUGAUGGACUUCCAGCAUCAGAAACACUUCCAUCAACAACUACACAUGAUGUUUUACCUAUUAAAUAUGCACCAAAAUGGAUGCGACGUCAAACAAGAGUUUCCUUUGGUUUUGGUGGUAAAUUAGUCAUUGUUCAACAUCCACCAAGUCCAUUAACAACAGAAUCAGGUCCAUCAUCUCCAAAUACAAGUACUACUAAUCGUCGUCUACCUGUUAUUAUUGAACAAGUUGUUGUUGAUCAUGUAUUUGUUGAAGCUGUUCAAAAAUUUGAUUCAAUUUUACAAACUGGUACAUUACUUGAUUAUUGUGAUUAUCAAAUAUCUUCAAAAUUAUUAUCUCAAGAUGAACAAAUUUUAUGGCGUUUUUUACGUGCUUCAUUUGAAAAUGAUCCAAGAUAUAAAUAUAUUGAAUUAUUAGGUUUUCAUAGUGAUGAUAUUUUACAAAAAAUUCAAAUAUUAAUUAAAGAUAAUAAACAUGAUUUACCAGUUGAUGCUAUUAAUGGUUUACAUAUUGAUGAUAAACAAAUUAAAAAAAUUUCAAAUGCUGAAAUCGAAGCAUUAUUGAGUCGAUGUAUUAUGUUAGGACAAUUUCAAGCUGCUGUUGAAUUAUGUUUUCAUGAACAACGUUAUACAGAUGCACUUCUUCUUGCUCAUCUUGGUGGUCAAGAACUUUUAUAUUUAACACAAAAACGAUAUUUUGAAAAAAUUCAAACACCAACAACUAAAUUAAUUGAUAUUGUUAUAAAUCAAGAUUGGUCACGUUUAAUUGAAUCAAGUAAUAUGACUAAUUGGCGUGAUAUACUUGUUGCACUUCUUACAUAUACAACUGGUUCAACAUUUAUUGAUUUAUGUAAUAAACUUGGUUAUCAUUUACUUAAACAACAUGCCGGUACAAAUGAUUCAUAUCGUACAUAUGCAUCAAUAUGUUUUAUUUGUACGGGAAAUUUGGAACAAUUUACUCUAGCUUGGUCAAGUAAAUAUCAACAACAAGGAAUGUCAUCAAUACAAUUAGAACAAUUAAUUGAAAAAUUAUUUGUUCUUAAACGUUCAUUAGACCAUGCUACUGCAUGUCAACAACAACAACAACAACAACAAAAGAAAACAGUUACAACAUCACCAUCUAUGGAUGGACCAUCAAUUAGUCGACAUUUAGCUUUAUUUGGACAAUUAUUAGCUAAUGAAGGUUGUGCAAGAGCAGCACUUGUUUAUUUAGGAAAUUUACAAACACCUGAACUUGUUAUUCUACGUGAUCGUCUUUAUUAUGGUUUGCCAACAAAUCAAUUGACUGGUAUUCCAAAACCACCAACUCCAUUUCGAAGAGUUGAUAUUCCUACACCACAACAACAACAACAACAACAACAACAACAGCAGCAGCAACAACAACAACAACAACAACGAAAAGCAAGUUCAACUAUGCCACAACAUUUUCGACCUCAACCUCUUCCUGAACAACCGUUAGUACCACCAACGAAUUUUAAUUGGUCAUCACCACAAAAUCCAACUAGUGAUCUUAAUAUAAGACCAGGAACUGCACCAAUAACCAAUCGAUACCCAACACAACCUGUUGUUCCAUCUUAUCAACCAACUGUUUAUAAUCCUACUACUGCUGUUCCUCAACAUUACACACCAACACCAAUAAUGUCUAAUCAACAAUUUGUUCAUGGACAUUCAACUCCAGUACCACAAGCACCACCAUCAACUGAUCUUUCAAGUGUACCACCCGUAGCUCCUUUACUUCCAUCUUAUCAAGAUUCUAAACCAGUUGGUGCAUGGAAUGAUCCUCCAACAGUUAUGAUGAAAACAUCAAAACCAAAUCCAUCUAAACCUCCUGGCCCUUCUACAGAUGGUUUUACUUCAACGAAUACUCAAUUUCUUCCAAUAGUUAAUGAACCUCCUCAACCAACAUUUCAUUUUAAUCCAACAAUAGCAAAUCAACCAACAGCAUCUAUGUUUCCUCCAACAACAGCAACAACAUCUGAUUUUAUUCAUCAUACUGUUCCUUCAUCACUUGAACAAUCAGUUCGGAAAGCACCAACUCCACCUCCUCCACCUGCACCUGUUGUUAAAGGUCCAUUACCAAGUGAACAUCAAAUAAUACAAGAUACAUUUGAUUUACUUGUUAAUCGAUGUCAACAAGCAACACAACAAUUACCAUUAAAACGAAAAUUAGAUGAAGUAAAAAAGAAACUUGAUGUUUUAUAUGAUAAACUUCGAGAAAAUCGAGUUCCACAAAGUGCUUUACAAGGUAUUCAUCAAAUAAUAGGUUAUAUUCGUCAAUAUGAUUAUCAAACAUCACUUACAAUCUAUAAUCAAUUAGUUGCAAGUGAAAAUUUAGCUGAAACAAGUCAAUAUAUGCCGGCUGUUAAGAUUCUUCUUCAAUGUUGUAUUCAACUUAACGUUUAUUGUCAAUAA